CUCCUCUCCUCCUGCGCCUGCCGCCUCCUCUUCGCUCCCCGCCCUGCCGGGCAAUGAGAAACUGCUUCUGCCUGAAACGGGGGAGCCGCGAUCAGCCGCCGCCCGCGCCCCGGGCAACAGAUCAGUCCACAAUGCCGGAGGUUAAAGACCUCGCUGAUGCCUUGCCGGAUGCCCCGAUGGACCCAAUCACUGGAGUAGGCGUUGUGGCCUCCCGGAAUCGGGCACCUACGAAUUAUGAUGUCGUGGCACAGACAGCAGAUGGCUUGGACGCUGACCUCUGGAAAGAUGGACUGUUCAAAUCCAAGGUCACACGGUAUCUGUGCUUCACACGGACCUUCUCCAAAGAGAACAGCCAUCUGGGCAAUGUCUUGGUGGACAUGAAACUCAUUGACAUCCGGGACACGCUGCCUGUCGGCUUCAUCCCCAUCCAAGAGACCAUGGACACACAGGAGACGGCCUUCCGGAAGAAGAGGCUCUGCAUCAAAUUCAUUCCCCGGGAUUCUACCGAGGCCGCAGUGUGCGAUAUCCGGAUCCUGGGCCGGGGAAAGCAGUCCCCUCCCCAGUACACGUUCAUCGGGGAGCUGAACAGCAUGGGCAUUUGGUACCGCAUGGGCAAAGUCCCGCGAAAUCACGAGUCCUCCCAGCCCACGACGCCUUCGCCUCAGGCUCCAGCCACGACACCGGCCGCCAAUCUGCCCAGGCAUAUAUCUCUGACGCUGCCAGCGAGUUUUCGAGGGAAGGGGGCCGGCACUCGUCCAGACUUCGAAUACCAGCACUCAAAUUUAUAUGCCAUAUCAGCGAUGGAAGGCGUGCCUUUUAUGAUCUCGGAGAAGUUUGCCUGCGCUUCCCAAGGGAUGCAGCCGGUUGAUCUCUUGGGCAUCACCAUCAAAUCCUUGGCAGAAAUUGAAAAGGAGGUAAGGGCUUUUGGGAAUGUAUCUUCACUCCUUGAUCCCAUCCUCGUCUUCUUUGCACAUCCAAGGAAGCGCUCCAAGGGUGCCACAUGCGUCCCAUGCGGUCUUUUCGGUUGAAUAUCCUGCAGUUCCAAAUAUGUGCCAAGAAACAACAUUCGACAGCAUCUCCAAAUGCACACCUUUGCAUGUUUUUGUCCCGCAUUUGAAAAAUAAUGAUUGCACAGUGUCUGGGAGCAGCAAGACAUUAGCGCCUUAGUGAUUCCUCUGCAUUUUCCCCAUCCAAAAGAGAAAUGCAGGGUCUGUGCAACUGAAGAAUUGGUUGAGGGUCAAGAGACAGGUCUGAGAGGAAAGCACAAGCUGGCCCCGAAGGCUUGCGAGACUCCCUGCACAAUCCUGCAGCAUCUCAAUCUGGCCCAAAACUACCUUUCUUAAAGUUGCUUCACUCCAGAAGAAGCCGAAAGGUCAGGUUUGAAUUAGCAUCAUCAAGCAAUUUAAUGUCACUUAGUCUCCCAGCGCUAAAAAGGGGAAGCGUUUUCGUUCAGCCGCUUAAUUCUGGCAUCUUCACAAAAUCCCUUUGAUGAGGGAGCCAUACAGAGAAAGAAGCUUGAAGGGCUUAAUUUUAUUCUGAUGAUUGAGGUUGGUUCCGCUCCCCCUUCCCUCGCCUCCCUUGCUUCUCCGCUUUAGCAGCCAAGUCUCCGGUGUGCAGUCACACGUAACGGUCUUUAAACGAACAUAUUUGCUAACUGGCAGGAAUUCAGGGUGUUUUCCAUUUUUCCUUAAUGUUGAUUCCAGCAAUUUAGCUGGGAGUUUGGGUUAUUCCCCCCCCCCCUUCUCUUUCCCCACCACCUCACCACAAUCCCAAAUGACUGGAGAAAUUCGUCUUGAUUAUAAUUGUUCUUACCCACGCAUAUCUAAUUUGUGUCUUUUUAAGUGUUAAUUAGUAAACAGUUUGAGCUGACAUCUUUAUGCGUUUGUGUGUUUGAAAAAUAGCACUUAUUUCUUAUUUAGCAGCGGGCACAUGCCGCUCAUCACAGUAUCGCGACAUUGACGUAAAAUUAAUGAAGCCGUAUCUUUUCUCAAGGCCUCCUUGGAAAAGCUGCUUCUCGGCAGAGCUCUCCCUCUUGCCAUUUAAUUUUAUUUGGGUUUUGUUCUUCUCAAGCAGAGGUGUUCUUCUCUUUGUUCUUCUCAAGCAGAGUGACCAUACAUCUUCUUCCGCUGAUCAAGUUUCUUUUCAUUUUGCAAUCGUGCCGAACCCGUUUCUCAGUUACCUAAGCUGCCAGCAGCGUAGCACCUGGAAGAGGCACAGUGUCGCAUCUUUUCUUCUUUUCGCUGCAUCCUAACUUUCCUUACUGUAAACUUUCAAGAAUAACCAGGUGUUGAUAAUGAAGAAGAAUUUGAAAAAAUAAUAAAGCGAGCCAAGGCGGGUCUUUUGCAGUCGCACAGUGCCCUCUGGAGGCAGCGCUGUUGAUUGCAUCUGGAGGAAAACCACCCCGUUUGCUCGCUUACAAAAUGAAGGCUUGCCAUCCAAGUGGGGUGGCCAGUUGGUGGCCCCGGGGGUGGAAAUGCCCCCUGCUCCCUGAUCAUUUUAUCAUCCGGUCCCCCAAUAGUUGUACCAGAUUGCAGCGCAGGGGUGGUAAACCCUUUUGUGUGUCAGCUGGAAGGAAAAGAUGUGGAUACGGUGAGAGCUUUCCUGUGUGGAGUUUAAUGGUGGCUGGCAGAGACACGAGGCAGGGCUGGUGCUUGCUUCUCUCUUGCCUCUCCCCUCUCUGCGUCUCUCCUUCCCUCUCCGCCCACUGCGCCCUGCAGACUAUCCGUUCGGCCCGACUCUGGGCCCCUUUCCACCCCAUCCCCAUGUCUUUGCUGUCCUGUCUCUUCUGUCCUGUCUUACUCCAUCUGUCCCCGCCUCUGGAUGCGUCCCUGCAGUGACCUCCCCACAGGCACCGGGUUAGAAGGAACAAUAGCCCGGCCACGUGGUUUGACCCACAAAGUCCUUGGCGCUUCUUUUGCUCCUGCUGUCCAUAAAGCCACUAAAAGGAAACCCAUUUUCCUUCUAAAGAAAUUUUGCCUCUCUUUCCUUUCCAUCAUCCCCCAAAGCUUUAACUGCAGCCAGGGACCUGCCAGAACUACAUCUCCCAUAAGCCUCAGACAGCAUAACCAGUGAUUCCAAAGAUCCAUCCUUCAUACCAGCGAGCUAAAGAGGGUCAAAUGUAACACCAGGCUUCCUUUUUCAUUUUUUAAAGGUAGAUUUGGGGUGGGGACUGUAAUAACAGACCAGUUCAAAGAACUUUUAUGGGUAAAUUGGUGAAAAGCAGUAUUUGAAGAUUAGAUGUAUUUUAUGUUCUGUAUGUGAGCCUAUUUGCAAUCCUUUAGUAAGCAAAUCAAAGACCAAGUUCUGCCAGGAAAGGAACAGCCUUGCCUUCCAUAAAAGUGGGUCAUAUCAUUCUAACCCUUUUAGAGUUCUUCAAGAAAUAAAAAAAUGGACCUGGGUAUUCCAGCAGGCAAUGUUUACUUGGAUUCCCCAUUAAGUUUUUGGCAAACUGCCUCACCCAAAACUUCCCAGUGAGCUAAGCAGUCCUGGGAUAAAAGAAGGGGUCGUAUCAGUAAUGGGUGAAAGUACAGAAAGCUGAGAACAGGCAUAAAGGGUCCGUUCUCACCCCAGAGGGAUGGGGACGCUGGAGUUGCAGAAACAUCACAUCUGUGUUGGGAUUGGUGCUUUUUAAAUGGUUUGCAAGUGAUCCAGAAUUCAGACUGAGCUGCAGCACAGUGGCCAAGUUUGCUAAUGACCCCAAAUGAUUUAGAAUGCUGACGACGAAAGGAGAUUGCAAAGCGCUCCAAACGGAUCCGUCCAAACUGGGAGAAUGAGCAUUAAAAUGACAAACACUGCUCAGUGUAACUAAUCGUAAAGCGAUGCGUCUUGGGGAAAACCGUGUUCACAUGGGUGGGAUCCAAGCUGCAACAACUGACUGGGAAGAGGAUUUUGGGAUUGCAACUGUUUGAUGAAAAUGACUUUCCCAUGUGCAGCUGCUUGGGAAAGGCGAAUUCCAUGUCAGGCAUAAUCCGGAAAGGCACUGAACAUGAUACAGCCGAAACCACAUCCCUUGGUACAACCGUGUGAUGUGAUGAUGCUUGGACUGCUGUGCACAGGUUUGGUUAUUGCACCAACGCAAGAAUUUUGCUGGCAUAGAAAGGGGCAAUUAAAAUGGUCCAGGGGCGGAGUGUCUCCCCCUGAGGAAAGGGUACAUGGUCUGGCAUGGUUUGGCUUCUGGCGGCCUUCCCCAAUCCUGUGCCUUCCAGACACGUUUGGACUGCAGCACCCAGAAUUCCAUGCCAAUGGCCCUGCUGGAUGAGAAUUCUGGGGGUUGUGGUCCAAGUGCCUCUGAGGUCCCCCAGCUUGGGGAAGGCUGGGGAGGGGGGGGGAGUGAGUCAAGGGAUGCCAUGUUAGGGGUCUUCAGAAUUAUGCCUGAUGUGGAGAAAGCAGAGAUGGAGACGGAAUGGCGGGAAAGUCAGGUCAGAUCCAAGGAAGUCCUGUUUACAUAUGUAUUAUUAAUUUCUAUCCCGCCCAUUAAUCAGGAGGACUCUCUUUUUAUUUUUUAUUUUUUUUUUAUUUU